AUGCUACUUGUGACUUUACGCUUCCUUGCCACUGGAUCUUUUCUGCAAGUUGCUGGUGACUUUAUAGGGAUUAGUAAAGCAACAGCUUCUCAAAUAAUUCAUAAAGUUAGCAGAGCAAUAGCAACUUUGAUUGUUUUUAUCAAGAUGCCGGCAACAGAGGACGACUUUCAAAGGAACAGCCAUCUAUUUCAUAAGAUCGCUAGAUUUCCAAAAUAUGGUGAAGAGCCUAAAAUUUAUCGCAAUAGAAAGGGUUUCUUUUCAAUUAAUGUACAGGUUAACUGUGAUGCCACUUUAAAAAUUCAAAACAUUGUGUAUCGUUGGACAGGCUCUUCCCAUGACAGUACCAUUUUUAACAAUUCUCGUGUCAGAGCCAAAUUUGAAGCUGCAGAUUAUAGACAGUAUUUGAUUCUUGGUGAUAGUGGUUAUGCUAUCCGACCGUUUUUAUUAACACCACUGAGAGUCCCAGCUACGUGA